UUAAAACCAAAAAAAAUGUGUUGAGGGAGGCGCCCUAUCGCACGACCAACCAAAAACAGAGACAUUUCCAAAGUUCACAAAUUCACAAGAAAACAAUUUAAAAAUCCUCACCGGAGGCAUCUCCUCUCCCUCUCACCUUCUCCCAACCACCCGCCACAUCGUUCACGAUGAAGGCAUCUUUGAAGGGCAGUUACGAUACUGAAAAGAGCGGCGCCGCCGCAAACGUCGCCGUCUUCGCCAGCGAUGUCAAGUUCCGAGCUUCACUCACCGACGCCACCUUCGCUGCCGGACCCAGCUUACACGGCCUGGUCCUCGCCGUCGAGAAACCCGGCUUCUUCAUCGUUGAUUACAACGUCCCCAAAAAGGACUUUAGGUUUCAGUUCAUGAGCUCGGUUAGGGUUGCGGGGAAGCCGUUGAAUUUGAAUUACAUUCACAUGAAGGGAGACAACCGGACGAUUCUUGACGGGACCCUUGUGCUCGAUUCGGCCAACAAGGUGUCGGCGAAUCACGUGCUCGGCUCGAGGAACGGGAAGUUCAAGUACUCUUAUCUGCACGGCGGAGCGACGACGUUUGAGCCGUCUUACGAUUUGGCCAAGGAUUCGUGGGAUUUCGCGGUGUCCCGGAGGUUUUAUGAUGAUGUGCUCAGGGCUUCGUACCAAACAUCGAGCAAGCUGUUGGGGUUGGAGUGGUCGAGGAGUUCUAAAAUCAAUGGCACUUUUAAGGUUUCAGCGUCUGUCAAUUUGGCGGAGGAACGAAAGAUGCCAAAGUUAACUGCCGAGAGUACGUGGGAUCUUGAAAUGUGAUUCAUUGUUGUUAUCUUUUCUUGUAGUCUGAUAAACGAUGUAGAAUUGUCUCACGAUGGCUCUAAACAUCGUUGAUAAAAAUUCAUGGUAUCUUGUUACGGGUAGCAUCGACUAUCUUCUUGAAAAUUUAAUCUUCGAUGGUCCGAGCAACCAAAAA